AUGAGUAAUGAAAUUCUUCCAAUAAUAUUUCUCGAGAAGUAAACUCAUAAACAACUUCUUGGUUCAGCAAAAACACUACUAUUCUUUAAAUAAGAUAAUGAGUCAAUCACUCAAUAUAUUAAAAAUAAUAAGAAUUUACAGAUCAAUUAAUAUUUAAAAACUGAAAACGAUUCAUAUGAUAAUAUGGUCAGUUAAUUGCAUUAAUAAAGACAACUUCGUUUGCCUCCAACGAAAGUGAUCAAUUAAUUAAGAAGAUAAAAAAUGAAUGUAGACAAAAUACCAAAACCUAAGGCUAAAAAAAUGCCAAGACCUUCGUAUCAAAUUAAUCUUAAUACUAAAGAUAAAAAAUAACUCUAAUAAUAAAUAUGUCAUUAUGUUUAAUAAGCAAAUAAGUUAUAAUAAUAUAAACUAUCAUAAAUUCAUUCAAGACGAUAAGACUUUAAGCCAUAUUUUAAUUUCGAAGAGUUUUCAUAUAUGGACGAGAUUUUUCCUCAUUCAAAUCUAGUUAAAAAAAAAUUUGGACUAAAUGAACAAACUAUGUUCAGGAAUUCAAUGGGUUUAGAAAAAGUCAUUUUAUAAAGAAUUAUUUAAGGAUAAUAAGAUGAUUGA